UUUGCAAGUUGUAUUCAGCAGCAGUCGUGAAAUAUGAAAAUCAAACUGAUUGCAAAUAUGUAAUUUAUAAUAUCAAGCAGCAAAGAAAAAACCUUGCGAAGUCGUCGGCAAACACAAAACAGCAUCGCUUAUUGCUUGCAAAAAGUUUGAUUUUCAUAUUUCACGACUGCUGCUGCACACAACUUGCGUAAGCAAAGAAAAUCCAAAUCAAAUCAAAAUCAACAGUUUGAAAAGGCGCGACAAACAAGGCGCCUUGCUUUUUGUUGCUUUCCAGUUUUUGAUUUUGCAUGAACUGCGACUGCUGAAAAUUCCUAAUAUGGUAAGCACACGCAAUUACUCAUUUUAAAAAGCGACGAUAAGUAAAAUCAAAAAAAAAAAAAACCAAGCAAAUUGUGACAAUCCAGAGUUUUGUGAAUCUACUUCUGAUACUUUUUCAAUUCCAUCAACGUCAAGAGAGGUUAAUUUCCAACAUGUUGACAGCACGAUCGAAGGUGUAUGAAUGUAUCAAAAAUUGAUGAAAAUUCCACCAAUGUGUUUUCAAAUGACCCAGGUUUGUGGCCUAUUCAAUUCAAUCAAUCAAUCGUUCAAACUUAUUGGAUUAAGAAGGGUAUGCUAUCGUUGGUAUUUCAAUAUAAGAGUAAAAAAUUAACACAGAAUACUCUUAUUUAGGUCCCUCGUCGUGUCGCAAUAUUGAUUUGAUCGCAAAGAAAUCUGGACAAAGAAACUUUUCUGAAUAUCAUUUGCAUCGGGUUUUACCAAAUGGAACACAGACCGAACGUGAUUGGCUGAUCUAUUCGCCGUCAGUCGAUUCAGUAUUUUGUUUUGCUUGUCGCUUGUUCGGUAAUUUAGACGAAAAUGCAAGUUCAUUUGCUCUAAAAGGUUUCAAUGACUGGAAACAUUCAAAGCGUGGUAUUUCAAUUCAUGAACAAUCUCAUGAUCACAUGUCCAACAAUGUCAAAUACAAAAUGCGACUAAAAACCGAUUCUUCUAUAGAAAAAACAUUCGAAAAUUCACUUGUCAAUGACAUGACUUAUUGGAGGAAGGUUUUGAGUCGUGUUGUAGAGGUUAUCAAAUUCCUAAGCUCAAGGGGUCUUGCGUUACGUGGUCACGAUGAAAUUCUUGGGUCCAAACAUAAUGGAAACUUUCUUGGAUGUUUGGAGCUGUUAAGCAAAUUCGAUCCAUUUUUGGCAGAACAUAUCACACGUUUUGGCAAUAGAGGAAAAGGAAGAGCUUCGUACCUUUCAAGUUCAAUAUGUGAUGAAUUCAUAUCGAUUAUGGGAAAAGGUGUGAAGGAAAAAAUCGUUUCGGAGAUAAAAGAAGCCCGUUAUUAUUCAUUUAGCAUUGACUCUACUCCGGAUGUGAGCCAUACGGAUCAGCUGUCACUAUGUUUUGGAUACGUAAAAGGCCGUGACAUUCAUGAACGGUUUAUUGCUUUCAUUCCAAUUGAAGGUCACACAGCAGACUAUCUUUUGUCUAUCGUUUUGAAUUUCCUAGAGGAGAGUAAAAUUGACAUGCAAAACUGCAAAGGCAUUUCAUUUGAUAACGCUUACAAUUUGGCUGGAAUUUAUGGUGGCCUUCAGCGUUUGAUUAUUCAACGAAAUGAAUCGGCGAUUUUCGUGCCUUGCACUGCUCACUCACUGAACUUAGUGGGUAAAAAUAGUGUUUCUAAAAACAUUACCGCAUCUAAUUUUUUUGAUAUGAUCGAAAAAUUGUAUGGUUUUUUUGUUUAUUCAUCUUUUCGUUGGAAUCGACUCAAAGAACAAUUGUCCGAGAAAGGCGAAUUUAUGUUAAAGAGAGCAACUGGCACAAGGUGGUCGGCUAAAUUCCAAUCAGUUCAAGCUUUGCACUCAUGUUACUUGAAAGUGUUAACUGUUUUGAAUUCUCUCAUUUCUGAAAAAAGCCUCAGUGAAGAUAACAAAGCAUCGGCAAAAGGUUUGAUAGCCAAAUUGUGCCAAUUUAAAAAUAUUUUAAUGCUUGUCUUGUGGAAAAGUGUUUUGACUAAAUUUAACUUUGUAAAUUUAGCUUUACAAAAACCAAAUCUGACUCUUUCGACGAUCACAAAACUAUAUGCUUCAAUAGUUACAGAUCUUGAAAACAAGGAUUACAACAAAAUUUUCGAUGAAGCCUUGACAAUUUUCGACAAUAUUCCUUCUGAUUUUCAAGCAGAUUUUAUUCAGUCUCGUUCAACAGCGCAAGCACUUGUUCCAGAAGAUGAGAAAGAAAAUUUUAAAAAAUCGUUAUUCGAACCUGUUAUCGAUGCUCUGUUAUCAAAUUUGAAAAAACGUGCAGAUAUUUAUAAUGAUUUGGAAGCCUUUUUCUCAUUUUUAAUAAAUUUAAAUUCAAUGAGUGACGAAGACAUUGCUGUAUCAUGUAAAAAAGUAGUCGAAAAGUAUCCAAAUGAUCUCAAUGAAGUUCAACUAACUGAUGAAUGUCAAUUUGCCAAAAAUUACUUUACUUUUGAUAACUUAAAUCAUGAAUCGAUGUACAAAACAAUGUUCGAUGAUCAUCUUUGUGAAACUUUCCCGAAUUUAGACAUUUUAUUACGCAUUUAUUUAUGCAUGUUUGUCACUAAUGUUACAGAUGAAAGAUCAUUUUCAAAAUUGAAAUUGAUAAAAAAUUGUUUGCGUAACACUAUGGGAGAUGAUCGUUUGAACAGUCUAUCAGUUCUUUCCAUUGAAAAUAACUUGUUGGAUGAAUUAGACUUUGAUGAAAUUAUUGAUUAGUUCGUAACACUCAAGUGCAGAAAAGUUGUGGUUUAAUUUUGUUGGGCAAAUAAAUAAAAAUCUAUCAUAUUAUCAUAUGAAUAUUUUUUUUCAUUGGCCCCCUUGAGUCCGGGGCCCUGGGGCAAUGGUCCCAAAAUUUGUUUCGAUAAUCCGCCACUGAUACACAUAAAGUUGUUGGCGGUAAUAAAGAGUCAAAAUCA